AUGAAUGACACUGAUAUGGACCCCUUUGCUUGCUUUGAUGACAGUGACGACGACGACGACGACGACGACGAUGACGAGAAUGACCAGCAGCACGAGCAGCAGCACCAAUAUGGAAGCAGUCCUCCUCAAAAUAUUACAAAACCUUCAUCCAUAACAUCAAGUCGACAAUUUACUUACAGUACCGAGAACGGCAACUCGACAGCAAGUUAUUCACUACAGCAAGAUGAGCAGAGUCAAGGCCGCCGUUUGGUGGAUGAGGCUAAUGCACGUUUGGAUGCUGCAACAGCUGUUAAGGAUGGACUCCUCCCAGUAACAUCCUCCUCAUUUGAAGUGUUUGAUACUCUCACCGGUGCCGGCAAAGGUCUACGAGCGCUCAAGGUGUUCGAAUAUGGUGACGAAAUAUUGCGAGAAUAUGCAGCCAUGCGAGUCCCCAAUCAUCAAGCUGCCGAAAGUCUCGAAGAAGCGGAACAGCUGCACGAACGUGCCGUUCAGAGUACUUUCAACAAUCUUCACCACAGUACACAAAACGCCAUCAUACAGCUCCAUUCUUGUGAUCAAUGGAUGAAUCAUGACGACAGUCCUGGUCGUCACGCUAGCGGCGUAGUGACACCCCUUGGGGCAUAUCAAUCCAAUUCAUACACAUUGGGAGAUCAAAAGUGUGGUGGAUUAUUUCUGACGACGGCCCGAAUGAAUCACUCUUGCCGUCCUUCUGCUACUCAUAUUUGGAGACCCGACUUGCAAAAGACUGUCGUAUUUGCCACUCGGCGAAUCGAAAUCGGGGAAGAGAUAUUCACUACCUACGGCCCGCCCGAGUGUCUCGAUACAGAGGGACGAAGAGAUUAUCUACGAGAAAAGUUCUCCUUUGAAUGUGGUUGUGAAAUGUGCGAAGAGGGCAACCGUUUCGGAGGUGAUGAUCGCAUGAUUGAGAUCAAUUCCUUGCAAGAGGACAUAUCGAUGUUGGCUCAAACGGGAGAUCCAAAGAUUGCAAUAGACGCAGUUGAGCGAUGUCUUUCAUUGCUAAAAGAGCAAUCAAUCUCCAUCGGUGCUUACAGGCAGCCACUUUUGCAUUAUGGGUAUCAGAUUGCUAUGGAUGGAUUGAAAGAUAUCGAUUUGGCUAAGUCCUAUCUAUCGAAAGAAUUAGCCGUGACUCAACAAUGCGAAGGUCCGACAAGUCCAAAGGCUCUUCAAAUCCAAGCAAUGCUAGACGACUUAUUUUAA